AAUGACUGUUCUCCAGGUAUGAGCAAUGACUGACUUCGCAUGCUGCAACGGACAUCGUGCUGGCGACCGCUGGUGACUCAACUGCGCUUUCUCUCUGCUUGUAAGCACCUUCGAAGCUACACCGGUACCCUGCGAAGAAGUCACGCAACAAUGGCUCCCAAAGAGGCUGCCAGCACCGGACCGCUAGAGCUCACCCCACCGCCCUCAUACUUCGCUUCGAGAAAUCAGCUUUUCGACAAAAGGAAAGCGGAGCGAGACGAGUGGGUAGCCAAGCAACCACGAGAAAACAUUGAGAUUCAGCUUCCCAAUGGCAAGUCAGAAACAGGCAAAAGCUGGGAGACCACUCCAGCAGGUAUCGCACGCAACAUCUCCAAGUCUCUAUUCGAACGCACAGUGAUCGCAAGGGUGGAUGGCGAGCUUUGGGACCUCGACAGACCACUAGAGAAGAGCUGCAAGCUGGAGCUUCUCGACUUCGACGACCCUGAAGGCAAGAAGGUGUUCUGGCACAGCAGCGCACACAUCCUCGGUGAGGCCGCAGAGCGAAGAUGGGGUUGCGCAUUGUGUAUUGGUCCGCCUGUGCAAGAUGGCUUCUACUACGAGAUGGCACUUCCGGAGAUGGCGGCCGUGACUGCGGCAGACUACAAGCCGCUGAAACAGAUUGCGGAGAAGGCAAUCAAGGAGAAGCAACCCUUUGAGCGUCUUGAGCUGAGCAAAGAUGAUCUGCUAGAGAUGUUCUCAUACAACAAGUACAAGCAGCACAUCAUCAACGACAAGAUACCCGACGGCACUUCGACGACAGUAUACCGAUGCGGACCGCUCAUUGACUUGUGUAGAGGACCACACGUGCCCAAUACUGGGCGAAUAAAGGCAUUUGAGAUCAUGAAGAACAGCGCGAGUUACUUCCUGGGCGAUGCAAAGAAUGACAGCCUACAGCGGGUGUACGGCGUAUCGUUUCCGGACAAGAAAGCUCUCGACGAGCACAAAGCGAUGCUUGAAGAGGCGGCCAAGCGCGACCACCGGAAGCUUGGCCAAGAGCAAGAACUCUUCUUCUUUCACGAACUCUCUCCCGGCUCGGCGUUCUUCCUCCCUCAUGGUAUGAUCAUCUACAAUGCAUUACAAGUGUUUAUCCGAGAAGAGUACUGGAAGCGCGGCUAUGUCGAAGUCAACUCGCCUAACAUGUACAACUCCGCUUUGUGGAAGCAAUCAGGUCACUGGCAGCACUACAAGGAUGACAUGUUCACAUUCGAGGUUGAGAAGGACCAAUGGGCGUUGAAGCCCAUGAACUGCCCCGGUCACGCUCUGCUCUUCGGUCACAGGGAGCGAAGUUACCGUGAGCUGCCAAUCCGAAUGGCCGAGUUCGGCAUUCUGCAUCGUAACGAAGCAUCUGGCGCACUUACCGGCUUGACCAGAGUACGGAGAUUCAUGCAAGACGAUACCCACAUCUUCUGCAUGGAGAGCCAGAUUGAGCAAGAGAUCAAAGGCUUGUUUGACCUGCUCAAGACAGUAUACGGCCUGUUCGGCUUCACUUUCAGAAUGAAGCUGUCCACGAUGCCGGACAAUCACCUUGGCGAUGAGGCAACGUGGCACCGCGCAGAAGAUCAGCUGACGAAAGCGCUUGACGACUACAAGGCGGAGACUGGCACUCAAUGGGAGCUCAACCCAGGUGAUGGUGCCUUUUAUGGGCCCAAGAUCGAUGUCACCAUCUCAGAUGCACUGAAGCGUGAGUUCCAAUGCGCCACGAUCCAGCUCGACUUCCAGCUGCCGCAGCAAUUCAACCUGGAGUACCGCACCGAAGAGCAAGCCGGCCCGCGCGAGCUGGUCAACGGCGAAGUGUCGCAGCCCAAGGCAGCAGACGGCGACGCGAAAGCAGAACAGAAGCUCGUCAUCCGAAGCGCGCCGGACAAGGAGCCGGACUCGUCGGCAGUGAAGAAGGAAGAGGGCCACUACCGCCGUGAACUUACACCAGGCUGCGCAAGACCGGUGAUGGUGCACCGAGCCAUCUACGGCUCCUUCGAGCGCUUCAUCGCCAUUCUCUGCGAGCAUUUGGCAGGUAAAUGGCCGUUUUGGCUCUCGCCGCGGCAGAUCCUCAUCGUGCCGGUCAUGCCUGCCGUCAACGACUACGUGAUGGAGCUACAGCAGCUCUUCCGCGCGCAGAAGAUGCACGUCGACAUUGACAUCAGCGGCAACACUAUGCAGAAGAAAAUUCGCACGGGUCAGCUACAGCAGUAUAAUUUCAUCUUCGUCGUAGGCGCACAGGAGAGGGACGGUCGAUCGGUGAAUAUUCGGAACCGGGAUAUUCCAGAGACGCAGAAGAUGGGCGAGCUGAUUCCGGUUGACGAGGCGAUUAAGAAAUUGUGCGCGUUGCGGGAUGAGCGGAGAUUGAGCAGUGCCCUGUCGUAGCAGGAUCGGCCAGAAUAAAAAGCGUGCUGACAAUGUUUUGCGCCGCAUGUGUAUAAUACACUAUACAGUUCAUCUUGGCACCUUUAGCUGUUCCAAGGACGCAGGCAGUGUACCGUUACGGUCGUGAACUUCUGAACGUCUGCACAACGUCGUCGUGGUCUCUCAGUCUCGACGUUUCCCUGUCGCCUUUGACUUCUGCGGAAGUUGUGCGGUCAGAGGGAUCUCUCGGAUCAAACGUGAGAGGGCCGGGAUCCGCCAUAUGUCCGGUAAGUCCGGGUCGCAUAAGCGUGGUCAUCUAGGAAUGGUAUCAAGAAAUGCUCUUACGAUCCUCGUAGGUGGUAGACAGUCUCGAUGGAUAGUGAUCAGUCCAAAAGCGUUGAGUAUACCAUAGUCUAGCAUAGAACAGCCCCAAAAAGCUCGCAAAUAUCCUUCAUGUUUCAGUAUAUUCGCGUUAUGGAUCAUCAUUCUGUUCGGCAGCCGGAACGGAAUUGAAUAUUUCU